GAGGCCUUCAGGAAAACUGGAAUUUUCCCUUUCAAUCCUGACGCCAUUGAUGUUAAACAACUUGCCCCGGCCGACAAAUAUCCAUUUGCACCCCAAAGUGUGGUCCCUGAAAAUCAAGUUGAAAGACAUGAAAUCCUGUGCCAUGCAUGUGGGCAUUUCUGUGAGAAGCAUCCCCUGGUCAGGCAAGGUUUAAUUCCAGAAACCUUGUCCGAGAUUUUCCUUCCUAUCUUUCACGUACCACCUGAGAAAAAAAGAAGGGUUAUUACGAAAUCAAGAGUAUUAACAGGAGAUGAAAUAAUGGAACAAUUGUUGAAAAAGGAGGCAGAGGAGGAGAAAAAAAGGAAGAGGAGAGAGGAAAAGAAAGAGUUGGUAGAAAAUAGGAAGAAAGAAGCCGAGAAGAGAAAAAGAGAGGCAGAGGAGAAAAGAAAACAGAGGAAAAAAACACAAAAGGAAUCCAGAAAUAGAGAUUCCGAGGACAAUGAAUCGUUACCAAUUAUUCAAAAACCGAAGAGAAAAACAAGAAAACCAAAGAGGUAUUUAAAUGAUGAAGAGCCAGUUGCUGCAGUCGGCGAGGAAGUGGAAGUGGACACUACAUUAUGUUCUUUCUGCACGAGCCACGAGGCCCCAUCAACGAGCACGUCCGAUCGAGAAUUUGAUGGCUGGUUUAACUGCAAUGUGUGUGACAGCUGGUUCCACUGUGUCUGUCAAGGCUUUACAAAUGAAGAGACACUACCGACACCCGUCCUAUUUGCCAAGACUGUGCCAGCUGGGAGGAAUAGCGCUGCUUUCUUCUUCACACCCUACCUGUCUGAGAAUGCGCUUAUCUUGUCUGCGCAUGCGGUUGACACACAUUGA